AUGGGAAUAUUAAGAAUGAACAAGGACAAAAUCAAAAUCGGAACAUGGAUUGUGAGGGCAUUAUAUGAGGCUGUCCCGCAGACAGGUGUGUGUCGUCUUCGUCAGUUCAGCAUCACCUCGCGGGGCGGAGUGGUGAACCGGGGCGACUCUCUCAGACCUCGUCGCUCUGCAUCCAACACUUCCGUCACCUCAACCGUAUCCUCGUGCAGCAGGGUACCCAGCACAGGAUCAGGACCGUCCACGCCAGGCUGCAGCAAGGUAGCCACUCCAACCUCCUCGCCACAGUAUCGGGUGGUGAUGCUGGGUGCUCUUGGCGUGGGCAAGUCCACCCUCAUCACCCAGUUCAUGACUUCAGAGUACAUGUGUGCCUACGACGAUUCCCCAGGUAAUGACGAGAAUGGCGCUGAACGGGGCGUAUCUGUACUACUGGAGGGAGAGGAAGCAGAGCUGGUGUUUAUACGUCUUCAGGAUAUAACCCAAGCCAUAGCUAGGGAAGGACACGCGGAUGGGUGGGUGGUGGUGUACAGCAUCAGUGACCGCGAGAGCUUCCAGGAGGCUUCCACCGCCCUGGGGAAGAUCUGGUCCCUCGGCCACGUCACCCACAGAGCCGUCAUCCUCGUCGCUAACAAGACCGACCUGGAGAGAACUCGGGUCGUCCCUAUCACAGAAGGCCGCACGCUGGCUGUCACCUAUGAGUGUAAGUUCAUCGAGGUGAGCGCUGGCUUCGACCACAACGUUGACGAGCUACUGGUUGGCAUCCUCACCCAGAUCCGUCUGAAACAGCAGGCACAGCAGCAGACGGAAGGUGAGACGGGUCCUGCCAGCACGGCCGCCGGCAGCGACACCUCCCCCACCAGCACCACCUCCAAACUCCGACACAAGAACAGCUUCAGGGUAAAAGGCAUCCUUAAUAAACUCCUCAACAAGGACAGAAAGACCAAGUCAUGUGAGAAUCUUCACGUUUUAUGAGGCCUUAAAAGCGAAUUCUGGACCGCCCUAUACAGUUUACAGUGAACCAGUUUGUUUUGUGAUCAUCGCAAACAUAAAUGUUAUGCUCUUUUUCGGAACCUACUGUACGUUAUUUUCGGAAUCGUGCAGCAUCUGGUUUACGUAGUCAUUCAGCUGUAUCGGAAUAGGAAUGCUUAAGUUAGGUUAUGAUAGGGCGCGCUUCACUAGGUUAGGUUAGGACAGGUCAGAAUAAGGUCAGGGUACGCAACCUGUUUUACAACAGGUUGCAGUUGGAUUCCUGAAGUCGUGCAAGCGCACAUGUGCUAUAAUCCAGGAUACCCAAAUAACUUUACUCGUUUCCAGAAUUGCGUUCGACACACACACACAGUGCAUGAGCGUACAGUGAUAUAGUUAAAGGUAUAGUCUAAAUGCAUAGUCAAAAAUUUUACAUCAGUUGAAGUGAGAAGUACAGUAGAUUAAACACCAAGCUAUAGAAGAGUUUACCUGUGAGAGAUUAUCAUAUUAACUCUAUACAACCAAACAUAUGGAAUGACUCAAGUUCUAGUCGUAUUUUUACAUGUUAUCUACAAGAGUUUGUGGUAGAAUAAAUCGGGGGGGAAGACUUUUGAGAUCGGAGGGGAGGGGGGGGGGUCAUAUCAAACUCGUAAAGGGACUUUGUAGUCCAUCUAAUAUUUUCAAAGCUAAUACUAAUCCUUGCAGAUUGAAUGCGUAUGGUCUUUACUCUGGAACAUUAUCCCAGUGUAGGUCCGCGGCGAUGGGAUUCGAACCAUGUAUUUUGAGCUGGGCACGACUUUGCAAGUGAAGCAGAAAGUAUGGCUUUCUGCAAUCAAAUUCAAAUUUAUUUUUUUACAAGGUAAUUUAUUUUUCAAACGAGCUAAAAUUUUGUAUACGUACAAUCAAGUCUUUAAGCGCGUAACAUUGUUAGUAAUUACACUAGUCCAAUGACAUUAACAAAUUAUGAGAGAUAGAACUCUCUGGGUAAGUCCCCUUAAAAAACAUUGAAUUCAAAUAUGGUCAUGGGCCACCUUAACACCUUCGGCGGGCCACAGUUUCCCUAUCUCUGUGAGAGUUAAAAAAAAUAUUAUUUCUCGGCGAUAACAUAUGUCUUUACAGCACGCAAGCGUAGCGGGAGAUGAAGGAGACUUCUCAGAAUGCCCAUUAUAUACAACGUCCAUUGAGAAUGAGACCCUCCGAGAACGCUACACAGGUGCUCAAUUCAAGUGUGAUUGGGCUAUUUAACGACGUAAAUCAUCAUUCUGGAGGAUGAACUUUAGGAUAGAAAGUCCAUGUAUUACUGAAGACCACAGAGGUGUAUAUAGACUCUUAAUAUCUACCUUCAUGUAAGGUCACAAAUGCUAAGUGGAGAGAAAAAUUUAUUUAGGUGAUAAGUCAGCUGGCCUUCGUGGUGUGAAGAUCUGUGACAAUGCCUGGUAAAUGCGCCAUAUCUGGAUGCACAUUAAAUUACAGACUACAUGAUAAAAGUUUAAGAUUUCAUCGAUAUCCAAAGGAUGAAAAACAGAGAAAAAAGUGAAUUUUAUUGUGCAUGUUACAAACAUAUAGGGUGCAACAGAAGGAAGGGCAAUACUUGAGAGCCGUUGGCAGCUUUAAAAUUAAAUUCCCUAAAGUCUAACUCUCGGCCAAGAAACUAGAUGUGGGGAGACAAGUAACUAUGUGUUGCUUGAAACUGUUGUAUAGCCUAGUCAUCUGUAAUAUAUCUAGUGGCCAUAUUGAUAAAUUGAAAACCUCUACACAUAUAUAUUUGUAUCACUGAUUUACUGCAAUAGCUUAGCUUGGGGAGAGAGAGAAUGAGGAUAAUUAUAAUCAUUAACCAUUUUCAUUAUUUUCUUUAACUAUUUUAUUUAGUUCUUAUGUUCCUUCUGUCCCUCCAGUAAAUAGCUAGCCCAUAUGCCUAUGAUUACUUAAUUGAUUUUACACUGAUACUGGCAGCCAAAUCACGAGUACGGCAUAAAUAAUAAUAAAGGGAGGAAGAAGAGGAAUUUUAAUAAUAAUUAUAAUAAAUUUUUAAUAAUAAUAAUAGGAAUAUCAUAAAAAUAAUGAUUACAUGGGAAGUUCAAGUGACUAACUGAAAGAUAGUGUGUUAAGGGAUGAGAAAACCAGGAAAUAUGGCAAGAAUAUCCGCUAGGCCAACGACGUCACAUAAUUAGCUCCGCCACAUGCACGUGGGUUGAUUUGAUUAAAUUAGACCUUGAGAAAGCCUAUCCGCCUAUCACGUCUGCCGUUACAUGACCAAUACCCAUUCAUUCAUAAUCAGUGAUACUUCUACCGCAACAGUGCCGUUUGUUGACACGGGUUACUACAGGGAUGUAAAAACACAUUUCCGCAACUGUACACUACCCACAAUAUGGUUGUUAUUAAAUGAAGUUCCAUUGUUUUCCCCAUAAGUUUCAGUUGAUCGAUUGUCUUCUACUAAGUUUAUCACUCCUUGGGUGUAAAUAAUCAUAUACAAAAGACUAAUGUUGACAAUCUGGGUCAACAACAACCCAAACAGGAUGAACGAAGAACAAUUCAAACUUUUUAAAUCGAAGUGUCGCUUGUCGGUCUACUAUCUGAUCUUAAGGAUGAAAAUAGUACUAUGCAUAACCCAGUUCACACUUGGAUCCCCCACAGUGUCUCUCGUGUAUGAAAUUUAGCACACAAUUGGGGUAUGCCUAGUUACAGAAUUUUAGCUAUAGGGGCAUUGCAGAUUUAACCUAGGAGAGUAAUGGCGGCCAUUUUCCAAAAUAGCCUCCACUAGCCGCUAUGGUGCCCAUAGUCUAUUAGGUUAACUCCAUUUGAUGGGAAGAAAAUAAUUUUAUUGUAAUGUUCAGCUAAUCUCAAUGUUUUUAUACAUUGUUAGUGGAGCAGAUAUGUGAAAGAAUUGUGACUUUAAUGAUAAAAGCGUGAAAUUUGGCACAGAUCUAGGGUAGGUCUUAAGGAUGAUUUUUGGCUAUAUGGCCACUCCAGAUUCUUCCUGUGAUGGCCAUGGCGGCCUUUUUUGUUCCGCCAUUACAGAAAAAUCAAUUAUGCUUCAUAAUCUUGUACUUGAAGGUGUUUAUACCCAUGUUUCCAGGGUCGAGGAGUACAAUCGACCCAUUAGAGUACAGUCACAAUCCGAAGUUUCGACAACCCCCUGGCUGGGUGUUCGCCGAGGCCAGGGUUGAGGUAAGGCUGCGUGAUCGGACGCAGACUAGUUCAGCAGUGUGGUAACGAGGCACUACGAUGGUGAGGUUCACAUUCCACCACCACAACACUCCGAGACUCAUAGCACACGAGCACAGGAAGGAACUUAUUACCAACUUUGACAUGGCAUGAACUUGCAUAACAAAUGCAUCCAUAACAUUGUUGCCACACCUAACAAUAACAUGUUAAGAUUGGAGCAUGAAAAACUUUGCCCGGUCCCAAAACACUGACUUGGAACCACUAGAUGGGAGUCCUCAUAUUACACAUGAAUCAUCAGGGCAGCAUAUAUAAAGGGCGGCCGAAUUUCGUCAAGAGGGAGUGAGCGGUCAGUGGACAAGGUGAGGCCUACACAUGUAUAGAUAUUACCAUAACCCUGGGAAUAUUAUGGUUUCACACAUACUAGGAAUUCAUAUAGUCAUGCUUACAAUAUUUAAUGGUGUAUCAGUAACUACAGGGGAGUAUGUUGGCUUGGGAUGUUUCAAUUCACAUUAAUCAUGGAAUCACCCCAACAAUUUUUGUCUGGUCAGGAGCAGCGACUUUGCCUAAGACCUCGACCCUCAGUGUAGAUGCCUGGCCGUGUGUCAUCAUUAGUGACUACUUAUUGGUCACUUGCCUUGUUUCCUGUCUACUGCUGCUUUUAGUUUUUAAAUUUCACUUCAUAAUGUCUCGGAUUGUGAGAGUUAUGGCACAGAGGUCACCAAUAUUACAACAAGUUACGCAUUUGAUUAUUUUUAAUUUUUCACCUGAAUAAUAAAUAUCUAUGACGUCCUAAUCAUGGUGUUUGGUAACUUGGAGCUAAUGUCCAAUAGAUAUGGCUAUUCUGGCUGGAGGACGUGGGCUACGUACACCUAACACUCCAGCCAAUCGCCCGGAGUUGAUAGCCAACAGAGCUCUGAUAGUGGGUCACUACUAUGAUUAUUGACUGUUAAUGGUUAUCUUUGUGAUGGGACUUAUUCUUUGUCUGUAGUUGUGUCACGAUACUUUUAGUCCAUCAACACGUGAUGUUUAUCAAUAUUCAUAUUUCAUAACUGGGUCGAGAACAGCCCAUGUUUCUCAUGCCUCACUCCUAACUUGCUAUUGUUAUGUGUGCCAACAAUGUUAUGAAUGAAAUUUUGUUAUGCAGGUGCAUGUCAUGUCAAAAUUCGUAAAAAUUUCCUUCCAGGCUCGUGUGCUGUGAGUCUCGGAGUGUUGUGGUGGUGCGUCGGAUCACCCAACCUUACCUCAACCCUGGCCUCAGCGAUCACCCAGCCAGUGGGGUGUCGAAACUUUGGAUUGUGAUUGUACUAUGUUAUGGAAAUAUAUCAUGCAAUCAUGAGAAAAUAUGGAUUGGGGCCUCUUUCAAUUGCCGGACAUUGUUCAUGAGCUCUUUGUCAAAAUAUAACAUUGAAAACAUACAAAGUUAGCAUAAAUAUAAUUCUUUAUUGAAAUAUUUCCAUUAUGCGUUUGCUGUGCAAUGAGUUAACACCUUAUAAUUAUGCUAUCCAAACUUAUGUUCAAAAGACAAGAAUUAGAAUAUCAUCAUUUCCCUAGUCGAUUGGAUAUCUGCAGCAUUCAGUCACACUCAGCACCACACUGGCCCCCACACAGAGAUAGAUAGAUAUGUUUAUUGACCACAGCUUACACUAAAAAUAUUACACAACGUGUAAACAAUAUAUUUGAAUACAAAACCAUUAUUGUAAAAUAUUAAAACAAUAGAUAACUGUAGUCCAACAAAUAAUCUUUAAACCAUAUUAAACAAAGUAAAAAUGUAGAAAGCAUUAAUUGAACAAGGAACAUUAUUCAUACAACCAUAAAAUGUAAUGGAUAAUCUUGCAUACAAUAUUAUUUGUGAACUUGGAAAACAGAUCACAUCAGGAAUUUAUGCCAAAAAACUCUCUAAAAUAUUGGGUGUUAGGACAAGCCUCCACAACAUGCCUCUCGGUGUGCACGAGGCCACACCCAAACACAGGCGCUCUUCCAAUGGGAGGCGGCCACACCCCCGCCUGUUCCACCGUCUUGUCUCCACUGCCAGGCUGUGCCUAGGCACUCUAAAACGUGUAAAAGAAAUUCUUUGCAAAUCAUUAGUUGCAUGUUUCUUGAUGUAAACAUCAUGCACUAUAAAGCUUGGAUUGUUGUCCUUAUAUACAUUACAUCUUGAUGUGUCAGAGUUGGCAAUGGCACUAUGUACAGUCAGCCAAAGAUCCAGCGACCCCACCCCGAGGUUCGUACUGGCAAUUUUACCCGGCAAUACUUGGUAAAGGAAGGCUGUAUGUAAAGGUGAUUGUUA